AUGUGGAGUCUUAUGAAAAGACGAGUUGCGGCAAAUAAUGUUGGUCAAGAAACUAAAAAUAUUGUUAAGUUGACUGAAGAAGCUUUUGCCUCAAUUACAGCAGAGGAUUGGCAAAAACAGUGUCAACAUGUUAAAAAUAUUGAAGAUAAAUUUUAUAAUCUUCAUCCUUGUAUGGACAGAGAAAUAGAUCAAUUUAUCAUUGAACUGGGAAAUGAAUCUGACACUGAAUCAGAUAGUACUGAAUCAAGUGAUAGCGAUUUAUCGGGAGUAAUACCAUUUGAUCAUACGUACUGCAAAUCG